CGUCGCUUCUUGACGCCGGCGCAGACCCAAACGUCCGUUUGGAGGAUGGACGGUCAUUGCUCCACGAGGCGUGCAGCCGCGGGCUUCUUCCAGCCGUCGAGCUACUCCUGCACCGCGCUGGCGACGUUGCUUCGUACCGCCAUGUUGGUCUUCAACCGCCAGUCGUAUCUGGACAUUGCUCGGUUCAGAAACCAGCGCCAAAUCGUGCGAUACCUUCUCCAGACCAUCUUUCCCACAAGUGCUCUAAAGACGCGCGAUCUCUUUUGGGAACCCGACAACACGCUGGAAGCUGCGUACACGCUCCUAUGGUGCGGGUUUGGCACCGCCAAGCCGCUGGCGUACACGCAGGUCGAGCUGGCGUACAUGAACGCGCUCUGCCAUGCUCUCAACCAGUCGCAAUUUUCUGCGUCUGCGCCACAGGAUCUUGUCACGGAGGAGCUCAGGCUGCUUGAGACGCACUGCGUGACACCGCUGGGCUUUGUGCCCAACACGGCGUACGGCGUGAGCCACUGUGACGACGUCGACGUCACCGCAAUCGCGCUGGCCUUGGCGCCGCUUUGGGCAGCUGCGCCUUAUGACGCAGCGCGUCACGUGCGUGACGUUCUCGACCCAAACAUGUACUGCGUCGUGGGCAACCACUCGCGCUUCAGCGUCUCGCCCCACGACGGCCGUGCCGUUGCCGCGCAGCAAGUCGUAUCGUACUCCAAUCCGGCCUCUCGACACAUCUCGGCGACGCACCAGUGGCUGCCAACGCCGAUGGCCUACGACAAGGUCUCGGGCGCCACGACGUUCGAGGCGUACGUCAAUAACGUCAACUGCGUCGCCUUGGUCGCGAGCCUCGAAGACGUCGUUGCGCGCAUGGUGCCACUGCUCCGCCCGCGGGUGCAAGAUUUGUCGCUGCCGUACGACAAAAAGGCCUUGCUGCGGCAGCUGUACCGAGCGCAGUACAACUUGGGACCCCGAGACGUCAUUACCAAGGCGCAGCAGCGCGCCUUCCGAGCCGAACUCGCCGCCAACAGCGUCGACCUCGAUCCACUCUGGCCCGAGGUAGCCCCCGUCUUGCCAGAGCACGUGCACGAAGGCAGCCUCCAAAACGAGUUUGAACCGUUGCUCGAGCGCGACGACGAUAACUCUCGACUCUUGGUUGUGUGCCAAGUCCAGUCGUAUGCCGUGUCGCCCGAAGCGCCGACGCAUCCCGGUCAACGCCUCUGGCAGCUCGGCUCGGGCCUCGCCAACGAUGCGAUUGUCGCGACCGGGAUGCUCGUCGUGGCCUCCGACAACAUUUCGCUGCCGACAAUCGAGUGCCGGCAAGCGUUUGGGCACACCAACGUGCGCACUACGGGCGACGGCCGCGAGGUGUUUUGCCCCGAGCGCCAGGCAUUGCAGAUGCAAACCACGGGCUUUGUGCAGCUGCAUCCGCGCCGGCUCGUCAUGGUCCCGAGCGCCGUGCAGCACCGGCUCUUGGCUUUUCACGCGCUGGACGCCACGCAAAAUGGCCAUCUCACGCUGCUGCGCGUCUACUUUGUGCACUCGGACGUGGACGUGCUCUCGACGGCUUAUGUGUUUCCGCAACAGCGCGCCUUUUUUCUCGACGCACUCGAAGGCACGCGUUUGGCGAACAUUCCCGACAGCGUCUUGCGCGUCAUCGAAGCGUUCGUGGGUCUAGCCUUGCUGGACGCAGCAACUGCAGACGCCAUCGCGGUUCGUGCCAAAGCUGAGCGAGACGACAGCCUCACGCAGUUGACACCAAAUGGAUUAUGA